UGGGCACUAAAAAUUGGAGUGACCGAAGCUACUGAAGUUACUUCGAUGGCAUUUGAACCUUCUCCUCCUUCACUUCCCAUCAAUGGCGGCGGCAAUGAGCUUCUGCAAUUCCCGCCUCCCAAUUUUCACCAUUUCCACCCCAUUUUUAUCUCGGAAGAAGAAGCCCUUCAAAGUUUUCUGCGGUAUGCCCAGUUCCACCCCAAGAAAAUUCACCAUUAGAAGGAAUUAUCUCCGUCAAAAGCUCCUUAAAACCCUCUCUAAACCCCUUCCAAAUUCUCCCGCUUUUGAGCCCACCCCACCUGACCCUUUAAUCCCUGUUGAAAUUGAAGCCCAACCCGAAGAAGCUGGCUCGGAGUUACUGGAGAUUGAACAGUUCCAAGAAGCUGAUUUGAAAGAAUCUUCUUCCAACCCUUCUUUGGAUGGGGUUUUAGGUAACCUUCCCAAAUUUUCUGUUGGCCAAUAUGUUUUUUGGUUGAUUGGGGCUUUUGUUGUUUAUGCAAUUGUUGUUGUGUUGGAUAUUGGUUUAUUUGAAUAUGAAAACGAGAAACAUGGGAAAAGGGAGCGUAAAAAUGGAGUCUUGGAGGUUGGGCUGAAUACUAAAAUGACUUUGGGAAAUGGUGAGGUAGUGUAUCUAGAUGAAGAUGAAAUGCUUAGGAAAGUUGAGGACAUUAGGAUGAUGGCGAGGGAGGCGAGAGCUAAGGAGAGAUUGGAAGGUAAGAGGGAUGUUGGUUAUGAGAGUGAUGAAGAAGAAGAGGCCGCGGAUGAUGAUUCUAGCAAGAGUGGCAUUGAAAAGGAGGUUAUGGAUCGAUUGGUUAAAUUGAGUAAAAAGCUAGAAAAGAACUUGCCUGUGGCUCCUGUGGAUAAUGCGAAGAAAGAUGUUGUGAAUGGAAUGAACAAAAACAGUAAUGAAGAAGCUUUGAUGUUUAAGAAGAAGUAUAAAUAUAAAGGUUUAUCGAGCAGGCCUACUGAUAAAUCCAAGGGCUUUACCGGCAGGAUUGACGAGGCUACAACUACGAGUGAUCGUGAAGAUUAUGGAACUGAUGCUGUGAUAAAUGGAGACAUUAAGAAUCAUGAAGUUGCAGAUUUGUCCGGCAAUGGAAAUUCUAGAGCAGCUAUUUCGAUUCAUUCAAAGGAAGAUGGACUCACAAAUGUAUCUGAUAAACCUAAGGAGUUGAAGAAAGUAGGCAAGUCGAGGAGCAAGGCAAUUGAAAGCAAACCGUUGCAGUCCGAAAUUGGGAAUACGAAAUCAGAAAGUGAGACUGAACCUUGGUGGACAAGACUUCCUUAUGUCCUUGUCAUUCUGAUGCAAGGAGAAUAUGAUGGUCACGUAACUGGACUAUUUACCUUGAGGAACCUCGAUUCUUCGGACAAGAAUGACUUGCCUCACACUGUUGCUUUUGAAGACCGUGUUGAUGCUGCCAACUUUUGUUACCUUGUGCAGUCCUUCUUUGAAGAUCUUGAAGGUUCUAGUGCUGAAGUUGUUCCAAUACCAAUCAAAGAACUUAUUGAAAGAGUAAAAUCUCAGACCAUGAAGGUACUUGUGGUGAAGAAGGGGCAGCUGAAGCUCUUUGUUGGGCAACCCCUACAAGACGCAGAGAUGGCCUUGAGAGCUCUAAUUGAUCAAAGUUGAAAUACAUGGAAAAUUUUGGAUUUUUUCCAUCUAUGAGAGAUACCGCUGGGUUAGGCUCAUAGAAUCUUAGCCAGACUGAUGGGAUGAACAGAAUUUUCUUUUUGGUUGCAUUUUAUUGGGCGUAAUUGUAGACAAUUCGUUCCUUUGUUUCUGACUAAGCUGAUACGCAGGAGAAAAUUGUCUGAGUUGAAGAGCUUGGGGGAGUGUUUUAGUGUAGGCCUGAAACGGAUUAACUUGUAAAUAUGCCCCUUUGGUAAAACUAGCACACAUUGUUCCGGAUGAUUGUAAUUCUUCAUUCGCUUUAAUGAGAGUUGUAUUUACUUCGAAUCA